CGUUUUGUUACACCUUUGAGGCUAGCUAGGCGACAAUCGGAGAUUAUAGUGUCUCCAGCUCUACUAAUUGUUUCGGAGUAUCUCGCCAUUAGUGAUCGAUCACCCCUUCCAAUUCCAAGUAACUACAAACCCUCAUAGUGUUACGUCAUCAGAGACACCCCCGUCCGGCCGUAGCGUUGAGAAGUGGUUUUUAUUUUUGUUAACACUUUCCCAGUUCAGUUCAGUUGCCUAGCAAGGGAAAAAAAGCAACACAGACAGAACAAUGAACUCGAUUUUGAUCACCGGCUGUAACCGUGGACUGGGACUUGGAUUGGUGCAAAGUUUCCUUAAACUUCCGUCCCCGCCGAGGCAUAUAAUUGCGACAUGCCGCAACAUUCAGCAAGCCGAGGAGCUUAAUUCACUGGCACAGCAGCAUUCGAACCUGCACGUUCUGCAAAUCGAUUUGAAGGAUAUCGAAAAGUAUGACCAAUUGGCACAGCAGGUGCAAUCGAUUGUCGCCGAUAACGGUCUGAACGUGUUGCUGAACAAUGCUGGCAUAUCGCCGAAAUCAACACGGCUUGGUUUCGUCAAGAGUGACGAUCUGGUGGAAACGUUCGUGACCAACACUGUGGCGCCUAUUAUGCUAACGAAGGCACUUGUUCCUCUGCUGAAGAAGGCCGCCGAAGUGAAUGAGUCGCAACCCGUUGGACCGCAGAGGGCUUGCAUCGUUAAUAUGAGCUCCAUUCUUGGUUCGAUCGGAGCCAACACCGACGGAGGAUUGUACGCCUAUCGGACGUCCAAGUCGGCACUGAAUGCGGCCACCAAAUCGAUGAGUAUUGAUUUGAAACCGAACCAAAUUAUGGCUGUCGCGCUGCAUCCGGGCUGGGUGCGAACCGAUAUGGGUGGUUCGAAGGCCCCACUGUCGGUGGAGCAGAGUUGUGGAACGAUGGUGCAAACCAUACUGCAACUGAACGAAAGUCAUAGCGGCAAAUUUGUACAGUAUGAUGGAAAGGAGCUGAUGUGGUAAUCAGGGCAGAUACUAACGUGACGGAAUGUGCAUUAAUAAAAACAGAAAU